AUGUUGAAAUUGACUAGUGUUGAAAUUCUUCUUGUUAUUUUUAUAAUCUAUGGGAAAGAAACAAUUUGGAACUGUUAUGAAAAUUAUCAGGAAUGUGUUGCAGAAAGCAACAAAACAGAUCAUAUUAACGUGGAUAACGUUGGAUCUCAUAAUCUUAUAGAAUUCUGCUCUCAUUAUACACAAAAUAUUCUUCUGUGUCUGGCUAAAAAAUUGGGUUUAACAAAAAGUAUGUCAGUGUCGACAUUUUCACUUCUCCUUGUUGUUUGUGAGGCAGAAACCAAAGGCAACAUAUCAACUACUAUCGAAGUGCAGCGAACUUUGAAACAUUUGGCGCGGCUAUAUGCAUAUCUUUGUGCUUAUUCAAAUAUCAUGGAUUUACAUCGUGACACAGAAUGCUUCCAAUAUCUAAUGAAACGCUGUGUUCUAAACAUGCCGGAUGAUAGCUGUAUGUUCUAUCAUUGUGGGAAAUUAUACCUUAAUUUAUCAGGAUCUCCCCAAAAAAAUCUGUCCACACAGCAGCAACAGAAAACAACAAAAACAAUCAAAACAGUUAAUCAACGUAAUCAAUUAACAGUUCUCAAGAAUCAUCAAGACCGAACCACUGCUCUCCUUAUUACAAUAUUAAUCUUCAUAGGUAUGACGCAAUAA